UGAGGUUGUGUGGACCACUUUUGGUGACUGUAUAUGAUCCUGCUGCAAGAGUUGACCAAAGAAACAAAGAACAAAGAAGACCAACAGCCAGACAGCAUACAGCAUCAUCAUGUACAGUUUCAGCUUUCCACUGGUGCUAUUGUGUCUACAGGUUUGCAUCCCCCUUGUGUUUGGUGCACCAACUCAAUGCCCAAGCCAGUGCCACUGCCAUGGGGACCUGCAACAUGUUAUCUGUGACAACAUUGGACUGAAGAAGAUCCCCCGCAUAUCUGAGGCCACCCGUCUUCUAAACCUGCAAUGCAACAACCUGGGAAAUCUGCCAACCGGGGGCUUCAGUGAGAUGAAGGGGCUAAUUUCUCUGCACCUACAGCACUGUCAGAUCCGAGAGAUCUCCAGUCAGGCUUUCAAAGGACUGAAGAAACUCAUCUACCUCUACUUGUCUAACAAUGAGAUAAGCACCAUCAAGCCAGGUGCUUUUGAGGACCUGACCGAACUGACCUAUCUCUACUUGGAUGGUAACCAAAUUACAAGUCUUCCGAAGGGCAUCUUUUCUCCCAUGAUCAACCUCUUUAUCCUGCAACUCAACAACAACAAGCUUGGAGAGCUGCAGCCUGGUACUUUCAAUGGUACUACUGAUCUCCGAUGGCUUUACAUGAGUGGCAACGAGUUGAGCUCCAUACAGCAAGGUUCUUUUGAUGAAGUGGAGAACCUGGCCAUUCUAACUCUGGACCACAACAAGCUGUCCAUAUACCCUCUCCUGGCUAUGAGCAAGCUGCGCGUGGUGGAGGAACUCAACCUGUCCAAAAACCCUCUCAGUCUCAUCCCUGACCACGCUUUCCGGAGCUUUGGACGCUAUAUGGAGAAGCUCCAUCUAAAUGACAUGAGCCUGGAGAAGUUCUCCAAUGCUGCCUUUGAGGGAGUGACGGCCCUCAGAUCUCUGCACCUUGAGAACAACAAGCUAAAAUCACUGCCAAGCAGCCUUGAGUUCAGCACCCUCCAGAACAUCACUCUGUUUAACAACCCAUGGAGCUGCACCUGCCAUUUAGCAAACCUCAAAAAAUGGAUGGACACUAGCCGCCAUCGCCCUGAUGCAGUUUGUGCUUCUCCUGGAAGGCAGAAAGGAAAGCAAAUAAGAGACAGCACUGCUUUCACACGCUGCAAGGCAAAGACAAAGAGGGCGAGGAAGGGAGCACGGCUUUGAGUUGGAGGACAGGGAGAAGAGGCCUGUCCAGACCUUGGGACUUCAAUGUGCAGAAAAGAAAAAGCAAUGCAGACUGCUACAUUGGGACUGUCCAUUUCCUCUUUCAUUCAUUUUUUGUUUGACAUAGAUGCGCUGACUCAAUACAUACUAAAUAACAUGAAUAAAUGUUAUUUUAUAAAUAUGUGUUCACAGAAAUUGACAAACACCCUGAAGGAGCAACUGUGUGAGUUUGCAAACAGAGUUUUCACAAACAUGUACACCGCAAACCAUGGCUCAAACUCUCAGUGUUCAUUGUUAUUGUAAUGCAUUUGCAAAUUCAAAAACCUGGUGAUAAAUCUAACAUCAUCACAGAACUAGUUUCUACACCACAGUAAAAAUCAGGACUCUUCUCCAUAAAUGAGAAUUGGUCUAAUAUAUUUGCAUUGAUUAGCAUUUACAUAGAAAAUUGUGCACAGGUAAUUCAUCAAACACCUCAAGAUUGUAU